AGCACCGACGUCCGCAACCAUUAGAAAGUCGUCGGUAGUCAAAGGGUGCGGUUCGCGAGUAGAGUGGAACGUUUAUCGAAACGAGAAAGUUGCUAUAUACCCUGACACACGGUAUACCUGCUUGAGAGUAUAUAAGAACGCCAUUGAUUACCGAUACGUCGGGACGCCAGUGGUAAUACAGAUCGAUAAACAGUAGGAAAAGCCACCACGGAGUGAAAGACUCUCUGUGUACGAAAUUCGGAGCUAUUCCGUGUGUGACUACGCGUUGGGUCUAGCAGCCGUGUCGAGAUCUCAGAAGACUUGGUGCUUCUGCGAAUAAAAGCAAACCGUGUCAAGCGUCACGAGCGUCAUACCGGUAUCCGCAGUAAUCCUGACGCGUAUCCCGUUCGCGCUGGAGUGUAAACGCUGUUCGAAUCGCUACGGGACGUGGCGACGCCAUUUUGAGACCUUAUCCGUAUCAAAAGUAGUGGCUCGUUGUGUGCCGUGACCUGUUACAUGUAUAGGGUGCGUGCGCGAACCAAGUGAAAUAAAAGGGGCUGAGUGUGCAUCAUCAUCGUCCUCGUCAUUGUCACCGUGACAAUUUUCACCAUUACUUCAAUCUUCAUCGAGGGAUCUACCGUCAACCUGUCACCAUGAGGCUAGAAAUCGUUUCCGCUGCAGACUUUCUCGUACAUUUACUCCGACUUCAGGCUGGACAAUUAUCGGAGCGUCAGCUAGAGAUGUUCAAAUCCUCUUUGACAGAGGUAUUACGGCACAGAUAUAGGGAUCACUGGUUCCCAGACCGACCAAACCGUGGCUCUGGGUACCGUUGCAUUCGCAUCAAUGGCAAAAUGGAUCCAGUUAUAGCUCAGGCAGGUGCAAAUGUCGGUCUUCUACCAACUGUACUUCAUAGCCUCUUUCCAAGCGAGCUCACCAUGUGGAUCGACCCGUCUGAAGUCUCGUACAGAAUCGGCGAGAACGGCUCGAUCUGCGUUCUCUACGAGCGCACGGAACCGGAACCCGAGGAGUCGCAGCAGUUCGAGAGCUGCAAGGAUUCAUUACUUUUGGAGCACACUCAGUUUAGCGAACAGAUCGCGGCGUUUGUCUCUAGUUGAAGCGUCUGAGACGCCUUUAAUAAGACGCGACAUUGCUUCGUUAUCGCCGUGUUCCCUUUACUCCUAUUUCGGUACCUUUCUCCUUCGAAUCUUUUUUUUUAUUUUACCACGCUCUCGCACGGGACAUCCCUCCUCGACGAACAUAGCCCAAUGUCAACCAUCGGAAGACUUACCCGCAUUGUCGGCAUCCAUUAAACUUCAACUACACGACUUAUAAACAUAUAUCAUCUACAAGAAUAAAUCUACUUCUUCAUCGUGGACCACCUCUCGCUGUCACGAAUACAGAAGCUUCAAUGGUCAAUGGCAUCGUAUGAUCAGCAUAGUCUUCAUCGUGAUCCUGUUUACGUCCAGCUCGACGUGUCUUCUUCGUUGAUCAUAAGAAAAAAAAAAAGCAUUGCCUGCGUAAUUUCUACAAGAUGGAUCCUUGAACGGUACAAGAAACACUUUAUCCGACGGCUCGAUAUAAUAAUUCAGACGAUGUGAAUGAACGAGUGAAAAAUGAACAAUUACAAUAGAGACUAGACAAAGUAUAUACAUAUAUAUACAUAUUUCUCCCACCAGCAUCUUGGUACAGACUAGAGAGAGCGUUCUUUUUAAGUUUGAAUUCAGAAACCUUAACGACAACGCGAUUGGCUGAAUCCAUCGUAACGGAUGAAAACUCUAGUCUCUGAUUGGCGAGUCGCGCCUAUCCCCGCCCACGGUUUGGCGCAUCCACCGAUUUUUAUAGCAUCACAUCGCAUGUAUCCAGCAUCACCACGUCUGAUCGUCGCACAGGGAAGAGCCGUUAUAAUAUUUUACGCGUCCAAGGAAGAAUCUAAUCCAAGAAAGAGUCCAUCAAUUUGCAAGCAUUUACGUUUCACCUGGACGUGUUAUCGAUUGAUCUCAAGCAUCGGUGACGUUCUCUCUUGCUCGUUGGCGUCCCAUGCUCGUGCAACUUCCCUGCAAUAAGAAUCAGAGGACAGUCGUAUCCGCGCCAAUGGCGAAAUCGCUAUCGUCAAUGGUUUCCGGUUUCUCUCUCUAUGGAAAAAAAAAUUACAAACCCACGUUCCACCCUCUAGUCUGGACCGUGUAUUUACGAUAAAGUUCAGAGCUAUAGACACCGGUGAAAGUUUCCUUCUUCGGCCACGCUGUCUCCCCCCACGUCGUACCGACGCACCGCCAUUUUGACGUCGAUGAGAAACUCGCCUGCCUGCCUGCCUGCCACAAGUCGUCCCUUGCGUACUGAAGAGGAUUGUAUACACACUCUCCAGUUAUACAACACGAACAUAAAUACUGAAAAUGCACGCUCCACUUUUAUCUCGUCACAAUUCUCCCCGACGUAGAGCCCAAGGAGCCAUCAAGUGGGACAAUCCUAGAACAACCUCAAGAAGAUGUUCCACAAUGUAUGUUCAUCCAAUGUACACCAGUAGCUACGAUCUCUCUGUAUGCCCGUCAACGUACCAACCGCAGGAAGCCGAGAACGAAAAUUUGAAACCAGGACCUGGCAGAAGUGUCCCGUGACACGAUACGGCUGAAGGAAAGAACAAAAAAAAGCACUGUGAUCUCUUGGCGAUAACGGUAAACCGAACGGGGGGCGAGCGUAUACUGGGGGUAAAGUGAGUGUGUGUGAGAGAGAUAAUUUUUUGCGAGAAAGAGACAGAAUGUUAGAUACGCUGACUGAGAGGAUAGAGAGAAUGAAUGAUUUGAGAGACCCGAAUGAACCGAAAAAUCGAUGUACUGAUAUCUAAAUCCCAUUUAUUCCUUUUUUUUUUAGUUUCUUUUCACCCUGUCGAAUUUUUUUUUUUUUUUCAAACACUUCAAGAGUUACAUACUCACUGAUAGUGAUUAACGCGUGAUAUAUAUAUGUGUAUAUAUAUAUAUAGAUUUUAAAAAAUUGACCUGUACAUCGUCGUUGCGUCUAUACACGGUUUUUUUUUUCUUCGAGAAAAACAGGAAAAAACCUGCAAUCGCUUUAAUGACCUAUGUCGUCACACGUAAUUUCACUAUAUAGUUAUAUUUCUCGUUUGUUCUGUGCAUCGAAGCCGAGAGUCAACAACGCGCAUGAGAGAGAUAGAGAGAAUGAGUUAUAAAGUAUAAAAGAGCGAGAGAGAAAAUGGAAUAAGAUCUUGAAUGAGAGUGAAAGAGAGCGACAGAUAAAUGGCAUAUAGGUACUAGAAUGCGUGUUAGAGAAAGACAGAUAUAAAUAAGAAGAAUUAAAGACCAGCAGCUCUUAUCGCGUUGAUCAUAUGACGUCACUCUAAGAAUAUCAGAAUGAAGAAGACUCUGCGUAUGUAGGAACUAGACAAAAAAAACACGUCUGUGAUUAUAAUAAGGAUAGAGUGACAAUAUAGGCAAUCUCCAAAAUAUAUAUAUAUAUAUAUGCAUGUAUAUACGUCCAGCUUAAUUUAUAACAACGUGUCGUGCACGUGUAACGGUCAUUCGAAUUCUGUAGAAAAAAUUGGAGUGUCGAGUAAUGAAAAAAAAAA